UAAUAACAUGAACGAAGACAUAAGUGACAGUGCAGCUUGUUUUUCUACUAAAGAGACCAAGAAAAAGCACAGCAGUUUUGUACAGAUUGAUGGCCAGAGAGGAGUGUACUACUCGGAGAGCUGGAAGCCCAAUGGAAGCACCCUGUAUAUGCCUGUGUGUGGCACUGUGCUGGCCAACCUGCAAAAAUAUGAGCAAAUCACUUUUGAGCAAAGCUGCUUCUGCAUAGGAGAUGAAACAGGCAGAUUCCAGCAAAGAGUUCAAGGGCAUGCUCUGCACUGCUGGAGGUACUGCAAUCAGGACAAGAAGCUUUUCAUUGCACUGUCUUACUUCUUCACAAACUUUGAAGUCUUUCAGGAAAUGUUGUACUCCCUUGAGUGUCUGUGAGUUGCUUGGUGCACUUUAUAGCCUGACACAGCAAGUCAGCCCAAAUCUCUGGAUAGAUGCAGCCCAGCACAUUAGUAUUAAUAUGAGAACACACACUUUUGCUACUGGUUUCUUUUCUAUUAAUACAGUCAUUGGCAAAACUUUUGACUUUCUGGUCAAAAUCCUUGUGAUAAAUUUUUGAGGAAAAAUUAGCCAUCAGGCUCUGCUUCUGACCAGCCAGUGGCUGAUUCAUACAUAGAACCACAACCCUCUUGGAGAAGCACACAGACGAACGUGAAUUAUUCUUCCACCACUCAUGAUGAUCCUUUUUUUUAUGCAUUUUUCUCCCCAUUUUCCUCCCGAUUUAGCGCACUCAAUUUGUCUUCCGCUGCUGGUCCCCACCCUUCAGAUACAGUGGCCAAUUAGUAUUUGCUGCAGGCACUGCCAAUUAUGCCCACCAGAUGGAGCCCAGCCAACCUGGGGCAACGCAGAGUUUCGAACCGAGGAGUUCAGAAUCUUGGCGCUGGUGUGCUAGCGGAAUAUCGCGCUGCACCACCUGGAUGCCUGUGAUGGCUCCUUGAUCAUACAGCAGUAGUCUUUGUUGAUUUGAUACGCCACCCGGCCUUUUCUCUAUAAGACGUUGUCAAUUUUGCCUGUAGAGCAUCUGACUAGACUUAAACCUGGCUUUCCCUGGUGGUGGACUACUGUAAUAGACCACUGCACCACCCAGGCUAAAUAACAAUUUAAAUAUUCAUUUUGCCAUACCGUUUGCAAUUGCCACAUGUAGUUGACUCGUUUUUAUGUAUUUAAUUUACUACUAAAAGAUCAUUAAAGCAUAUUCGAGCAGGGCUGUCCCAAAUUUUGCAUAAGACUGUACAUGUUGUUCUUUACUGUAGCUUAGGUUCAAAAGCUUUUUUUACUGUAUUUGUUAUUGUUUUGUAUUUUUAUAUACACCCUGUAAAUGUAAAUGUUUUAGAAUGUUGAUUUUAUCAUUGCUGUUCAGAUUUGUAUUCCAGUUUAU